AUGGUCCGACCUAGCUCCCCUGACGCUACCCACAUUCCACCCUUUAUGAAACAGCUCGCUCCUUACGUCAAGUCGCGCGAGGAAACCCUUCAUAUCCGCCAGGCGCUGACGUCUUAUCUGCGCUCAUUUAUCGAAUUCGACGAUCAGUCAAGCGAUCUUUCUCAAUCCCACCUCUCCCUGUGUGCGUCGACUGAUGCUGUUACCGAUGUCAAACGUAUUCCUAUCGACCUCCCUGGGCUAAGAAAGGAUUAUCUAAAGGCAUUGGCCGCCAAUGUUGCAGCACGCAAAGAGUUUGCCUUGACGUCUGAGAAUGUCGCCUCGUUAAGGCGCCAGAAGGCGUCCCCAAACCGCCCUUCUGAUGAUGAUCUGCAAGAGCCCGGCACCGAACUUCGUGAAUACCUUGCCCUUCUACGCGAUCGACGCCGCCAUACCAAGCUGCAGGUGUUUCAGAAUUAUCUUGAGGAAAUUAAAACGCGCGAUGCGGGCAGCUUGGACGACGUUGGCAAUGACGAGGAGCAAAUGCUGUUGCCGGAGGUAGAUGCAGAGGCGGGACGCAAUGGCACCGAAACGGACUUGGAUGAACUAGUGCAUAGCCUUGAGAGAGCAGUUGUCCGCGCAAGAACGCAAUUGGACCAUCAAAAGCAAUUGUUCGAGAAAGCCAAGGCACAGCAUGAUCCCCGAGCCGAGACUUCAGGUGCCAAAGCACGAGCAUUACAAAAGACCCGCGAUGAGCUAGUACAAUGGGUGGAGGAGCGGCUGGUUGGUCAAGGGGAUCCGGAUGAGAGUCUGCUCCAAGAACUUCCUCCGGGGGAAAUCGAGGAUGCCCAGCGGGGGCUAGAGAAUCGCAAGAUACAGAUUACGGAGCAAUAUGCCGCAUAUCUUCGAGCCCGACGAGAUCUACUCGACGCCGCCUCCAGAGCUUGUCAGCCAAUUAAUGUGACCCCGAAGCCUCCGUCGCGAUCAACCAACAAAAACGAACUCGUCAUGGCAGAAAUACCACCACCCAACCCAAUCGACGUUCUGUCAUACACAAACGAAAACCUAAUCCCGCUAAUCAAGAGUCAAAAGUCGCUGGCUCUCCAGAAGACCUACUUGUCCGGUUUACUUUUGAAAGAAAAGUCCACGACACUCCGCGCCCUCAAUCGUCUAAGCGGCGAAUCCCACCUUCUUCCCGAAUACCCCACUCCCGCCCGUCAGCCGCGCUUUAAGCAUACCGCUUCUGCUCUCGACUUGCGAACCCAGAUCCCGACCUCCGAUCAGACCCCAGAUGAGGUUGUUGGUCUUGCCGAAGCCUGGGCAUUUGCCUCUAAUGCUGCUGCUGCCAACGAACGAGAUUUUGUUCACCAAAAGAUCUCAUUGGGUACUGAGGUUGCACAGGACGCCCGACAGACCCUGACUGAUAUAUGUAAAACCCUCAAUCAGGACCUCGAUGAUGUCAUGCUGGAGGGUCGGGAGAAUCUCUCCGCGGAGGGGAUGUCGAGGAGUGGGUCUCGGAUUGAAAAACAACUAAGUGGUCCUUGGUCAGGUCUGAAUGGGAGAGUGGGAGUUGUAGAAUAA